GAUGCAUCAAAAUUCGGUUGGAUUAAGGGCGUCCUGAUUCGAUGCUUGUUAAAUAUUUGGGGAGUUAUGUUGUUUUCACGUCUAUCCUGGGUAGUUGGCCAAGCCGGUCUAGGCUUCGCUUUGCUGAUUAUUCUUCUAGCGGCAGUAAUAACUGUUGUAACUACUUUGUCUAUGUCUGCUAUUUGUAGUAAUGGAGAAGUAAAAGGGGGUGGUGCAUACUACCUGAUUUCUAGAAGUUUAGGACCUGAAUUUGGUGGCGCUAUAGGAUUAAUAUUCUCCACCGCUAACGCUAUUGGUGUAGCAUUGUACAUUGUUGGUUUUGCUGAAGCUGUGAGAGAUUAUCUAAAGGUUAUAAACGUUGUCAUAGUCGAUGAUCUUAAUGAUAUUCGCAUUAUUGGCGUGAUAGCAGCUACACUCAUAUUUGUUAUCGUAAUGAUCGGCGUAGCAUGGGAAGCCAGGGCCCAGCUCAUCUUAUUUGUUUUACUGGUUGGAGCGAUUAUAAACUGUAUAGUUGGUCCGAUUAUUUAUUCUUUUACAAUGCCCGAAGAAAAGCGUCUUCGCGGAUUUACUGGACUAAACGGGACUACUUUCUUAGCCAAUAUGCCUUCGAAAUUUUCACCCGGCGAAUCAUUCUUUACAAUUUUUGCUGUUUUCUUUCCUGCUGCAACUGGUAUCCUCGCAGGUGCUAAUGUUUCAGCAAUUUUAAAGAAUCCCUCAAAAUCAAUACCGAAAGGAACGUUAUCAGCCAUUUUGAUCAGUACCAUCACAUAUUUGGGUUUGGCUUGUCUAUUUGCAUCAUCGGUCGUCCGAUCAACCGCUUAUGCUUCUGAUGGUAUUAACGUUGUAAACUGCACAUUUCCGAAUAGUUACGGACUUCUAUGUGAUUAUCAGGUAAUUAAUUAUUUUUUUUUGCAUAUGAUUUCUGCUUGGGAACCUUUAACUGCUGCUGGUAUUUUUGCAGCUACAAUUUCUUCGGCUUUAGCAAGCUUGGUAGGAGCUCCAAAUGUUUUACAGGCUGUUGGGAAAGACAAACUAUUUCCAUACGUUAAAAUAUUUGGCGUUGGCUAUGGAAAAAUGCAAGAACCUCGUAGAGGAUAUGCACUUACGUAUGCUAUAUCGAUGGCAUUCAUUGCCAUAGGAGACCUCAAUGACAUAGCUCCGAUCAUUUCAAAUUUUUUUUUAAUCGCUUAUGCAUUAAUCAACUAUUCAUGCUUUGACGCAUCGCAAGCAUGUUCACCAGGAUGGCGGCCAUCAUUCAAAUAUUAUUCCAAAUGGUGUUCACUUCUUGGCGCUGUGCUCUGCAUUGGUGCGAUGUUUGUAAUUAAUUGGUGGGCUGCCUUGAUAACCAUUGGUUUCGUUGCUAGUUUAUAUAAAUACGUUGAUUAUACAAAACCAGAGGUCAAUUGGGGUUCGUCUGUGCAAGCCCGUCAAUACGUCAGCGCAUUAAAUGCCGCAUAUAGACUUAAUGCGACUCUUGACCAUGUCAAAAAUUUUCGCCCACAGUGUCUUGUACUUUGCGGAAAUAUAUCUGAAAGAAGAAAUCUCGUUCAGUUUGCCUCGCACUUUACAACCAACACUGGAUUAUUAAUUUGUGGUAUUAUUCAGCCGAUCAGAGCUUUUAUUUCAUCGGUGACCAGCAAUGAUUUACUUUCUGGUGCGAGAUCGUUAAUGCAAGCAUGUGGUUUAGGCAAAUUGUCUCCAAAUAUGAUUCUGUUCGGAUAUAUGGAAAAUUGGAAAAAUCGUCUUACUUUGGUGGACGAUUAUGUAAAUAUAAUCCACGAUGCGUUUGAUUUAAAUUUUGGGGUAGCGAUAUUUCGAAAUAAGAAUAAUAUUUCCAUGGUACCUAAUAAAGCUGAAAACUCCACCCGAAAUACUAACGAAAGUAAAAAUGGUUUGGAUGAAAUCUUAACAGAAAUGGUAAAACUUUCUCCAGAUGAUAACUUUACUCAAUUAAAAGAUAAACCCAAAAGAAAAAACGUAAUUGAUAUCUGGUGGAUUUAUGACGACGGGGGUUUGACUGUUUUGAUCCCUUACUUACUAAGCCUAAGCAGAUAUUGGUCAAAUUGCAAAUUGAGAGUAUUAACCCCUGGAAAGCCAGAGAGACUGCAGCUAACGAUGAUUAGGAUGGCAACUCUUUUGAAAAAGUUUCGCAUAGAUUAUGAAAAUGUAAUUGCCUUGGGUGAUAUAAAUGAAGAACCUUGUGAGGAGAGGUACAGUAUUGAAAUUGUGAUAGUCAAUAAUAAUACGGACAUACGUCGUAUAAUUGCUAAAUCUAAAAGACACAUCAAAAUUGGCGAAUUGUUAUUGAAGCAUUCUGCCGGAUCAAAUUUGGUAGUUAUCACCUUACCUAUACCUCGUAAGAAUGUCUGUACCGCAACUAAAUAUAUGAGUUGGUUGGAGGUUAUAUCUGGUUCACUAACUUGUCCGGUAUUAAUGAUACGUGGAAACCAAACUAAUGUUUUAACGUUUAAUUCUUAA